AUGGCUACAGAGGAUCCAAUAGACUUUGCACACACUGCUAUUCUUCAGGUCGCGCAUAUCGCGUCUUCAUUGGGAGUCGAGUUGAAGCGACCGGUGUGUGCGCGUCUUGGGGCGGAAUUGUUGCUGGUCGCCGACUACAUCGACACCGUUGGCCUGGACCAGGAGAAUCGACUACGACUGCGGAUAUCGAAACUGCUACGUGACGUGGAGACUAUAUGUAAUUGGCCGCACCAAAUACAAAAGAAUGGGUACCCGCUUCUGGAAGCCAUAGGGGAGUCUUUACAAGGGAUGACCUCCUAUGAGAAGGCUCAAUCUAAAAUCAGAAGAGGCCUUGAUAACCUAACUAAAGACUCCCGCAAUACGGAAGGAGUCAUUGCACAUAUUGCAAAGUUCACAAAACGCGAUCGGAAAGCAUCGAGACGAGAUGUUGGCGACGAUACCACCUCGACAAAACGAACAGCUCAACCCCAGUGCUCCAAACACGCCAACGAGAUUGUCCAUCGAACUCUGAGAGAAGUUAUGUGCUGUACAUGUCCCAUUGAGGGACUAGGAAAAUCAACGCCGAAAGAACAUCUAGCAUGUCUCUUGCUACAGCCGCCCUCUCAGCAAGGCACAGGCCAUGAACUAGUGCAGUUCGAGAUGCUGUUCUCGUCAACCCCAUUUUGGCAAGGAUUACGAUUGAGCCACUGGCAGGAAGUGGAGCUACUCGUUCCGAGAAGCAGCUAUACAAGUACCAGGAAACGCGCCCGGUUCGCUGAUGCGGACGACGCGUCCCAAAACACGCCAAGCCUCCUAUCGUCGAGACGACUUUCUCGAGUUGACAGAGGACAGUUUUGUCGCCUUAUAGGUGUCGAAGCUGACUCGCGACUUUGUCUCUCGGUUCAGAACGAAGAACUACAACACUGCUUUGAGCCGCCUAGACAGAACGUUAAGCAUGUGCCCGGUAUUCCUCUAGCGACCAUACUCCGCAAUCAUCAUCUACCACCGCGAAUGAAGGUUGUAUUGGCUUACAUCAUCGCCUACUCUGUUUGGCAAUACUACGACUCGGACUGGAUGAAAACAGAAUGGACAAGUGAGACCAUACAAUUCAUGAAGGAGGCGAGGGCCCCAGAUGACCAAGAAAAGGUAUACACUUGGAAGCCCUAUCUUUCAGUGCACUUUAACAGCGAUGACCCGGAGUGCAACGAAUUCAACAAAACCCUCGGUGGUGUUCAUUACUACCCAAGAAUUAGAGCCCUUGGGAUUAUGCUAGUUGAGAUUGGCAUUGGAUUCCCUCUGUUCAAAGAGAACAACCAGGGCCAGCCCUUGGCUGCCAGAAUCAACAAAGAACUACUCACAGCCCUCGGCUAUACGCGAGAUCGCGCGCGAUGGAGAGAUUUCGAUUACCCAGGGUAUAUGAGCGCGAUCAGUCAUUGCUUGGAGCCGGACACGUUCAACAUGGCGCCAUUUGUGGAAGGUGCAAGUUCGCGGGAAUGGAAGGAAGGCCUGAAACAACGGAGAAACAUACUAUACGAUAAGGUCGUAUUUCCACUGGAAGAACUGCUCCAGGGCACCAAGUGGAUGAAUGACUAUACCAAAAUCGACCCAUUGGAUGUAACUAGGAAGGUUACGAAGCUUGAACAAUCAGCGAUGCCCGAAGAUACCGAAGAACGCAAAGUCCCGAAGAAGAAGCGCACUCCAACCGAGAGGGCGGCUGCUAGAUGGCUUUCGCGCCUCGAAGAGUUUCACAAAGAGCUCACUCAAGUCGCGUCAACAGUUGGUCUCCGCACCCCAGAGCGCCCAGUGCGCAUUGCAAUCCUGGAUACUGGGUAUGAUGAGGGAGCGCCGUUCUUCUAUCUUCCUGGUGUUCAAUCCCGGUUAAAAGGAUGGAAGGACUGGGUUGAUCAAUCCGAUAUGCCUCAGGAUUGCGAUGGACAUGGAACUCACCUGGUGUCUCUGAUCAUGAAAUGUGCACCGGAGGCGGAACUAUAUGUGGCACGUAUUGCUAAGGAUGCGAAGGUCUUUUCAGAUGCCAGUGAAAAUAUUGCGAGUGCAAUCUUAUGGGCAAGCACGGAAUGGGAAGCCGACAUAAUCUCCAUGUCCUUCGGUUUCGCAGACGAGCAGCCAUGCAUCAGCCAGGCUAUCCACGAGGCCCUCUACCGACGUAAUCAUUCAACACUUUUCUUCGCAGCAGCCUCCAACUUCGGCGGAAAUGGUAGAGAGAUGUUCCCCGCCCGCCACGACGCGGUCAUUUCGAUCCGCGCAACAAAUGCCAACGGCGAUUUCGAAGACUCCAACCCCCCCAAAAGCGAGGACGAAGCAAAUGUGUUUGGCACGUUGGGCGUGGAUGUGCCAUCAGCAUGGCCGGAUCGCGUUGAUGAGGUCUACAAGUCCGGUUCGUCAAUCUCUACGGCUAUAGCAGCCGGGAUCGCAGGAUUUCUGCUGGAAUACAUCGGUGCCCAUCCACCGGAUAAGCCAUUUUAUGCUGUUCAGCGCAGAGCUUGGACACGAAAGGGAAUGCACGCGAUUUUCAAGGCUUUGGCUUCCGACACUUUGAGGGUCAAGACGGGGUAUCUGUACCUGAAGGUAUGGGAUCUGAUCGGGCAGUCGGAGGACUCCCGUUGGGCCAAGUUGGGGACAGCACUCUCGGACCUUUGA